GUGGCAAUAAAAUCCCAGUUGUAGCUGACAGCUGUAAACAAAACCAGCGAAGAAGAAACAACCAUGGCAGCAUGACGUCACAUGGUUUAGCAACCGGCGCGCUGCGCGGAAGAAGCGGCGUGAGUUCGCCAUCGUUUACCUGGAAAUCACUCUUUGUGAGUCAUUAUGGCCUCAGAUGAUAUUGCACAGCUGGCUGAUGCUCUCUCCAAGACCCAUGUCGGGGAUGGAGAGUUGAGCUAUAAGGGCCUGGGACUGAAGCUGGACAAUGCAGAGUCAGUGGAGGAGCUGGUUCGUGAGAUAGAGCAGUACCAGGGUCUGAGAGCUUUGCGCCUGGAAGGGAACACUCUUGGUGUUGAGGCAGCCCGAGCCAUUGCCAAGGCCUUGGAGAGCAAAGACCUGCUCCAGAGAUGCUACUGGAGCGACAUGUUUACGGGAAGACUGCGCUCUGAAAUCCCAACAGCUCUGAGGUCUCUGGGCAGUGCUUUAAUGAGUGCUGGGACCAGGCUGACUGAGUUGGACCUGAGUGACAACGCCUUUGGCCCGGACGGUGUGAAGGGAAUCGAGCAGCUGCUGAAGAGCCCCUCCUGCCACACCCUGAGGGAGCUGAGGCUCAACAACUGUGGCAUGGGAAUCGGAGGAGGAAAGAUCCUGGCUGAAGCUCUGAUCGAGUGCCACAGACAAUCAUCAGCCCUUGGAGCUCCGCUCAAACUGAGGGUGUUCAUCGCAGGGAGGAAUCGCCUGGAAAACGAAGGAGCCAGUGCCCUGGCCAAGGCCUUUCAGCUGAUGGGCAGCCUGGAAGAAGUCCACUGCCCCAGAACUGGUAUCAACUACACUGGUGUGAUGGCGUUAGCUGCAGCCAUGCGACACAACCCAGAGCUCCGCGUCCUCAACUUCAACGACAACACUUUCACCAAGAAGGGAACACUGGCCAUGGCACAGGCUCUGAGGCAUCUGAGAAACAUCCAGGUGGUCAACUUUGGAGACUGUCUGGUCCGCUCUGAAGGAGCCAUCGCCCUCGCUGCAGUGUUGAGAGAGGGACUGCCGAUCCUCAAGGAGCUGAAUUUGUCGUUCGGUGAGAUCACAGAGGCGGCUGCGUUAGUGGUGGCUCAGGCCGUCAUGGACAAACCCUACAUGGAGAAAGUGGAUCUAAACGGUAACUGUCUGGGAGAAGAAGGCUGUGAGGCUUUGAGAGAGGCGAUGGAGAACGUGGAUAAAGGAGACAUGCUGGCGUCACUCAGUGACGACGAGGGAGAACCUGAUGACGAAGAUGAUGAUGACAGUGAACAUGAUGAUGAUGAUGUGAGUGACGACUGUCCUGAAGCCAACGAGGAGGACGGAGAAAUUGUGAAGGAAAAUGGAAAAGAGGACAGUCCUGUUAAAGUUCAGAGCCCAGCAGAGAUCACGUCUUUCCUCAUCUGCCCCUCUGUUGAAAAGCUUCUUCAGCUUGGAGAGAUGAGGACAAACCUGCUGCAACAGGCUGAUGCCUCUGACCCACACAAGGCUGCUGAUGUCCUUCUGAAAAUUGCUUCGUUGUACAGCGAGGAAUCUGAGACCAAGACAGCUGUUCUGGAGACUACUGGUGACGUGUUGAAAAAGCUCCUCUCAGGUUCAGCCCUUCAGUCGUACUGCUUCCUCUCCACACUGCUGGUCAUGAUGGGACUCCUAAAGGGAGAGGGGAAGAUGAAGAAGGUGUCGCUGGUCCCAGGUCAGCUGUUGUGUUUGGAGCACGCUGUCCAGCAGGAUUACUUCCCCCAGCACCACGCCUCGCUGCUUCACACCUUCGUGUCCAAGAACAGUGAAGCUCUCAAGUCCUGCGGAGCCGCCAGAGAGAGGCUGAGCUCUGCUCUGGAGAAGAGGUGCAACGACCAACACUGAUCCCACUGAUGGGCCACUGCCAGUACCAACACUGGGACACAUACACACAUACACACAUACACACACACACACACACACACACACCACACACACACACACACACACUGUACUGACGUUGAUUUCAACAGGGAUGCUUUACACUUGAACAAGGGACUCAGACAACCACUGAUCUCCACUCCUGAUUUGUAUAUUUUAUGAAGGGAUAACAAAGACUGUCCAGAAUCUCUUAAUUUUUAUUUUUCUACUUAUGCUUGUGACUUAUAUUUUUAUAGAAAAUGUAGAAACAAAUAAUACAAAUAUAGAACUACACAUCAGAUAACCAUUGGGUUAAUGUGUAAAAAAAAAUGGAAGUGAUACUAACUGUGUGGAGCUAACAUUAGACAAUGUUCAUCAGGCACUUUUUGCAACAUACUGCUUUAAAUGUGGUUACAUAUACUUUCAAAAUUCAGCUUAACAACAGCAAAACAGUGAAUCAGACAGGGUCCUUACACAGGUAUGGAAAUGUCUGGAUUAACAAAUAGAGGUUAGUCCCAGGACUUGAUAAAUAUGUAAACUAUACAGUAACAUUUGGCCUUGGCAGAUACAGAUCUGCUGUAGUUUUAAACCUGUUAAUGAUAUUUGUUACAUUGAAAAUGGGGAUAGAAAUAUUAAGGCCAGGACGACUGGAACUACAUGUUUAUCAUCCUGAACAAAAAAUACAAUCUAUAACAUCAAAAAUAAAUGAGUCAGCAAUGAAGAGCUGACUUUAUUGUUCUGUUUUAGCGAUAGGCUGCUUUACGUGCUGUUUUGUUUAUUGUGAUUUUUGUUGUUGUUGUUAUUGUUGUUGCAUAUUUGAAAAAUUCCAUCAGGGACAGUGUCCAAUCACAAUCCUCAUACUGCUGCUCGUAAGGUCCAGUCAAGUCAGAGCGCUGUGUGCAUCAGACUGUGAUCAGGAAUGGGCCACACUGCACCACAUGAACCCACCCAUGAACCUGAAUACACAGCGUUUGUGUGUGUGUGUGUGUGUGUGUGUGUGUGUUGUGUGUGUGUGUGUGUGUGUGUGUGUGUGUGUGUGUGUGUGUGUCAGUCACCCUGCACUGAGCACAGUCAGACACAGCAGAGCUCAGGGGACCAGAAUCACUUUUACCUGAUGUGUCUUUUCUUGUCUUACUGGGGAAAAUGUGCUCUUAUAUGACUUUGUUGCACACAUUGAGUCGCAGUGUGUUACCUCAUGUAGCUGUUGAUGUGUUGGUGACAUGGUGGAGCAUUUAAGGGAAAUAGGAAAAGAAUGGAAUACACUUAAAUGGCAUUUAGAUAAUCUUCUGAAUAACAUUAGCCUGUGUGUGGACUGCAUUUAUAUCAUCAGGAUGGUGUGUGUUGACCUGAUAUGCUGUCUUAAAUAUAACAAAUCUAACAA